CCCACCUUUCACCAAAAUCUUUUUGUUGUUGUUUUCCAACCAGGGGUAAAACUUCUAUUUUCUAUUUCCUUACUCGCUUCUCUGUGGUGGUGGGAUGCUAGGACAUCAUAAACCCGAAGGCUAUAUUCUGGAUUCCUCGCUUCCGAGUGGGACGAUCACCACCCCACUUUUUCCACGUUCAGAGACCAUCUGAGUACCAGUCACUGGUCCAAAUCUGGUACCCUCAUUGGCGCCCAGUGCGUUUCCCCCUCCAAUGGGUAGCAGAAAGCUAUUUCUUUACCCACUUGCACCCCCAAACGCUCCCCUCUUCUGCAGAUUACUCAGGGGGCAGCUACUAACCCAGUUCUUCACACUGUUUCCACUUCCUUUCAAAGAACACUGGCAGGCAGACAUCGUGAAUGGAGACUGGUAACACCAGGCUAACCUGCAUCUCUACCCCACUGGAGAAGAGCCAAUUGGGGAGAUGCCCCCUUUGGAAGGAACAUCAUUCAGGAGUUUGGAUUCAAAGUGUGACGUGGCUAAAUGUAAAAUGAGCCAGGGUGGGGGAUGCUUACACCCCUGGGUGGGUGGGGGGACCAGCACGCAGGCUUCACAAAUGCUUAAUGUAAUCACCAGCCAGCUGUGCACACUUGUAAAGCUGUUGUAACCCCCCUCCUUGUUAUAAACAGGAAGGCACAGAGUAUGGAGCUAAAGACCCACAUUCACGAACACCAGCUCCCCGCCAGCUGCCACCCCCACCCCCAUGACGUGCCUUGCUAGCAACCUUAGCCAGACCAGAAAGACCUUCCCUCCCCCCAACUCUCCAAAGGGGGUUGUUUUGCAAUCUUUAAAGGAACUAAGAACCAGGUACCCUGUCCACCUACAGCUUCCCAGUACUAUUUGCUUUCCCCCUGGCAAAAAGGCUGGCUCUUGGGGUCCACUCCUUUCCCCUGAGUCUCCAGGUGCCCUGUUAGGUAGGGCCUCCGGGACAGUAGUACCCCCUGAAGAGUGCUCACCUCCAUGAGAUGUGUCUAGUGUCUUCCCAGCUCCCCCAAACGCAGAGAACGGUGCUAUCUUUACAUCCUGUUAAGCUUAGAGGAAAUAAAAGAUCUUUUGUGGGAGGGUCCCCCAGACGAGCCUUAAAAUGUACCCCUUGGCUUCCCCACCCCCAUCUCCAUCCCUCCUUCCUGGCCUAGCAGACCCAGUUCGGGGAGAGCCACCCGUCUCCACAUCCUGCCUCGCUGACUGUGUGCUUACAGCGUCAAGGGGUGGACGUGGUAUUUCAAACAUCAGAUCAGUGCGUUUAUAUAUUGGGUGCCCGGAAAUUUUUCCAAAUAAACACAGCUUGAUUCAACUUGGGUGGGCGGACUUAUCAACAGACUAAUUCUAUAAACAAAUGAGGAAUAGCCCUGAAACCGAUUGGCUGGUAUCAAAAAGACACGUGGAGGGAAGAGCUGGGAGAUUUUCAGCAAUGAAAUUUUAAUUAAUGUGGGUGGGCUGAGAACACAAGGACUGUUUAUCAUAGACAAUUUAUUUUCCAGCGCUAAGUCAACACAUAAUAGCAAACUUACAACAAUUAUUUAACAUUUUUAAAGCCAUGAAGAAGGGACAGAGCGCGCAGCGGCUGGAGAGAGCGGCAGAUCGCAGGGCAGACGCACGGAGGGUUCCCCAGGAGGGCCCUGGCGCGGGGCGAAGUCCCUAGGCUGCCCGGGUGGCAGAGCGCAGAGGCUGCUGUCGCCAUGAGCCACCUCUUCAGUCCCCCACUGGCCGCUCUGGCCGCCUCGCCGCUGCUCUACGUGUACAGCCCCGAGAGGCCCGGGCUGCCCCUGGCCUUCACCCCAGCCGCUGCGCUGGCCGGCCCUGGCCGGGCCGAGCCCCCGCAGAAGCCGCCCUACAGCUACAUCGCGCUCAUCGCCAUGGCGAUCCAGGAUGCGCCCGAGCAGAGGGUCACACUGAAUGGCAUCUACCAGUUCAUCAUGGACCGUUUCCCCUUCUACCACGACAACCGCCAGGGUUGGCAGAACAGCAUCCGCCACAACCUGUCCCUCAACGAGUGCUUCGUGAAAGUGCCGCGUGAGAAGGGGCGGCCGGGCAAGGGAAGCUACUGGACGCUGGACCCUCGCUGCCUGGACAUGUUCGAGAACGGCAACUACCGGCGCAGGAAAAGAAAGCCCAAGCCCGCCGCGGGUUCCCCGGAGGCCAAGCGCACCCGGGCGGAGCCGCCGGAGCCCGAGGUGGGCUGCAAUGCAGGAUGCCCGCCGCGCGCGCCGGAUCGUGGUCAGUCCCCGACGGGAGGCACCGCGCGGCCAGCGCUCUUUCCCUGGUCCAGCCCUGAGUCCUGGGACCCCGACGCGGACCGCACAGUCCAGGGCGCGGGGCCAGUGGUGGGUGGCCAGCGCGAUAGCACGGUGCACCGCCCGGGGUCCCCUCUGCGCCCCGACCCCAGCGGCUCCCCCAAGGGUUCCAAGUCUAAGAGCUUCAGCAUCGACAGCAUCUUGGCCGGGAGGCCAAAGCCGGCCUCAGGGGCGGAGGCCUCGGGGGUCCCAAAGCCCGUGCCAGGCUUGCUGGGCGCCUCGCUGCUGGGCACCUCCUCCGGCCUACCACCUCCUUUCAACGCUUCGCUGGUGUUCGACCCGCAUGUCCAGGGCGGCUUUUCCCAGCUGGGAAUCCCCUUCCUUUCCUAUUUCCCGCUGCAGGUCCCGGAGGCUGCGGUGCUUCGCUUCCAAUAAGGCGGAUCAACAACUGUUUCCCCGCCCUGCGAGCCCCCACCUCCAGCGAGCAAAGGCCGUGGCAACUGCUUGCCUGAGGGUGAAGAAGUCACCUUGGUCUCUGCCCUGGCAACUGUGAGUUUGAAGCAGUGUAACCACAUCGGCCAAACCUGGUGCACUGGGGGUUAUGUUGGUCUACCUUCUCCGACGAUGACUUAACCAGCCGCGGGGAACUUUGCAGACUUAAAAGACCUGUCCAGGAGAGGACGUGAUCACCGCACACCCAAGCGCUCACAACCCAUCACCAGCAGAAGUCCGUUGGGUGGGCCGUUGGCAUUGUUGAAUGACCUGACCUUCUUCACACACCACAUGACCUCGCUAGAGUCUUCUGCUGACCCCGAGGGCAGGACUUACAGACAUGGCGAACAUUUCUACACGUAAACUCAACUGGACCGUGGAAGGCUCAGCGGACUCCCUGUGGUCCAGGCCUUGGCUGUGACCUCUUUGGAUGAUGAGAGCUUGCAUCCAGGGCCCUGGGGAUGAUCCGUGAUCCCCAGGGUCUGGGAAGAGAUGUAAGCCUGGUUAUCAUUUACAGCUAAGUUUAAGAGAAACCAGGCAGAGCAGCAACACUCAAUAUGAAUAGAUAAACCUCCUUCUACAGUAAAAGGACAUUUAUUCUUGGCUUAUAAACCAGGCUCCUCUUACUUGGCUAGCAGUCUUUCAAGGCACCCCAUACUUGGCAUGCACCUACGGCCUAGGGUGGUACAUUAGUGCAUUCUGCAGCUGUACAGCCCCCUGUUAGCUUCUGCUUUUCUUUUUAAGGGACCAAAAGAGUUGAGGGGACACAGGAGGGUGUGUGUGUGUGUGGAGUGAAUACGUCUCAAGGUCAGAAUUUUUAUUUCUCUCUUUUUUUUCAAGAUCUAAGUUUCUUUCCCCCUCCCCAUUUUCCAGAAUCACAUAGUAAAGGACACCAUGUAAUGAGAAAGGCUGGAGGAGCAAGCACACUCCUGUCUGAUGGGGGACAAAAGCUUCUAGGCUUGAUAGGGACUCUCCAGACUCAACUGGUGGUGCCCUAAGUCAGUGUUCCUUCCAGGAGGAUCUGGACCCUGACAUUAAAUAAACACGUAGGGGUGACCAGAGA